AUGGAAGGCGAAUUCACCACGAGUGAUGGCACAAAGCUGUACAAAAAGGCGUGGAAGCCUGAGUCUGGGCAUAUAUCAGCCGUGCUCAUCUUCCUUCACGGAUUCUCUGACCAUAUUAAUGCCUACUACGACUUCUUUCCUACACUCAGUUCCUCCUCGUUCAACAUUGCCGUGUACGGCUUUGACCAGCGAGGCUGGGGUCGUUCGGUCCGAAAACCAAGCGAAUGCGGCCUGACAGGUCCUACUACACUGGUCCUAUCCGACAUCCACGACUUCGUCCACCACGUGGCAUCACUUCCGGAGACCCAGGGAAAGCCUUUAUUCCUGAUGGGCCAUAGCAUGGGUGGCGGCGAGGCGCUAUGCUACAUGCUGUCCACUUCUCCAGCGUUCUCAAAUCGACCACCAAUCCGCGGCUUACUCCUCGAAGCGCCUUACAUCGAACUCGACCCGUCAGAACAGCCCUCAUCCCUGGUUGUGUCUGCAGGCAAGCUGGCCGCCAUGAUCCUCCCACACAACCAGAUGAAGCAGAAGCUCAGUGCGACGUAUAUGUCUCACUCGGCCAAGGUUCGACAAGACUGGAUCGAUGAUCCGUUAUGCCAUGACACGGGCACGCUCGAAGGGCUUAAAGGUCUACUCCAGCGAAGCGGGGACAUGUCGGCCCUCUCGCAUGGCCGUAAAGUUCACGGCCUCACGAACAAACUGCCAUGUUCUGUGUGGGUGGCCCACGGCACAAGCGAUAGGGUCGUCUCACCUGCUGCCGCCCAACGGCUUUUCGAAGUCCUCGAGGCGCCUGAGGGGGAUAAGGUGUUCCAUCCAUAUCCUGAUGCAUAUCACAAACUCCAUGCCGAGCCAGAUGGUGUGGGAGAGCAGUUCGCCAAGGAUGUGGCAAGUUGGAUUCUGGCACAUACUGCCGAAUCUCAGGGGGCGGCUCAGGUCGGUACCUAG